GUUAUUUCAGGAUUGAAGUUGACAAGAUUGUUUGCAUCAAAUCAAACUUUACCAAGUGAAUGUCUUAGCUGUUUAGUAGAACUUGUUCAUGACCCAAACACAAGUUCUCAGUUAACCUUAACUGUGGUUGGUUUGCUCUCUCAGCUAGUUUCAGACAAUGAAACCAGGGAAGCCCUUCAGAAUACUUACAGUCUGAGUAACAUUCUAGCAGAUGUGGUUCAUCGGAGUUCUGUCAGUCCUGUUGAUCCAGUGUUACUACCGGUAAGAACCAAUGUGAAGGGUUUCUAUCGCACUCUGAUCAGUUUCUUGGCUCACAGUAGCUUAACGAUGGUUGUCUUUGCACUUUCAAUAUUAUCAAGUCUUACGCUAAAUGAAGAAGUUGGAGAAAAGCUUUUCCAUUCCAGAAACAUUCAUCAGACUUUCCAGUUGAUAUUCAACAUUCUUGUGAAUGGAGAUGGAACACUUACAAGGAAGUAUUCUGUUGAUCUGCUCAUGGAUCUCCUGAAGAACCCUAAGAUUUCAGAUUAUCUUACAAAGUAUGAACAUUUUAGAUCAUGCGUCAAUCAAGUAUUGGGCUUGCUUCAUGGAAGGGACCCUGAUUCUUCAGCAAAGGUAUUGGAGUUACUUCUUGCCUUCUGUUCAGUACCAGAACUCCGUCAUGUCUUGUGUCAAGCAAUCCUGGAGCCAAAUAUGGCAGGCUGUGGAAGCACAAGACUUGCAUCUCGAUCCAAGCCUUCAGAUCCAUCUGUUCUUCUAGUGCACUGGUCAAAUCAGCCACUGGAAGCAUCUGAAAACUGCUCCACUUUGGCCUUGGAGCUGUUUAGGGAGAUUUUUGAGGAUGUUAUUGAUACAGGUCAUUGUGCUAUGGCUGAACGCUUUGUGGAUCUUCUUUUGCCUGUCCUCCUUGACCAACUUCAUGUUCUGGAUAAUUCUCUAGAAGAUGUGUUGCUGAAGAAAAAAUGUGAAAAAAUUGUGAAAGCCAUUGACAUCCUGAUAACGCUUUGUGCAGAUGACAUAUUAAAAGCACAUGUCACAAAGGUUCUAACAGCUAGCAAAUGUACCGACUUGAUAGAACACCAUUUCACCUGCAGUGGGAUUGACUUUGGCUUUGGGGCAAAGUUAAUAGACUCUGAAAUGAGCAAACUUGCUGCUGAUGUAGUAUUAAAAACACUGGAUCUUAUGAGCAAGCUUAAGCAGCUGGUUCCUAGUAUGGAAGUCAGUUUUUACAAAGUUCUUCAGGAUCAACAUUUGGUUUCGCCUUUGGCUUUUGCUUUAACUUCAGACCACAGAGAACAAGUUCAAGCGGGACUCAAAAUACUCUUUGAAGCGGCCCCAUUACCAGAUUUUCCUGCCAUAGCGCUUGGGGAAAGCAUUGCAGCCAAUAAUUCUUACAGACAUCUGGAAGCAGAGCAUGUACCUAAAAGGAGCCACAUGCAGGCGGCUACAACUUGUGUUAAUUCAAAGAAGGGUUCUACUGUUUGUCCUCCAAAUGAAGAUGCUGCAACUUUCAACAUUCAGGACCUGAUACAGAAACUUCAGUCAGGCCUGGAGCUGCGCAGUUCGAAAGCAAGUGUGAGGAUAUCUGAGAUAAUGGCUGUAUAUGAGCAGAAACUAUCUGCAUUAGCAUCCAAAGAAACUAGAUUGCAAGACCUUUUGGAAGCAAAGGCAUUAGCUCUUGCCCAAGCUGAUAGACUCAUUACCCAGUAUCAUUGUCAGCGAGCUCAAGCUGAGUCAGAGGUUAGAACCCUGGCUUCUAUGUUGAAGGAUGCCGAACGCAAAAAUGAAGAUCUUGACGCAUUAUUGAAAGCACAGCAGGUAGAAUCUGAACGAGCCCAAAGUGAUAUUGAACAACUAUUUCAACACAAUAGGAAGCUGCAAACUGUAGCCGAAGAACAUGAGAUACUUAAAAGAUCUUCUAUUGACCUUCUUCAAAAGCAUGAAAGCACUGAAAGGCAAUAUAAAGAUCUGCAGGUGACAUGUAACUCUUUAAAUAAACAGCUAGAGACAAUAAAAAGGCAGAAAGAAUCACUCGAGCAACAGAAUGACAAAACUGUAUCUCAGCUGCUAGAAACUGAAGAGCGUAGAAAAGAAUUACACAAACAGCUUCAAGAUAAAGAGGGAAAAAUAUCAAGUUUGCAACAAAAGGUAAAAGUUCAGGAAGAAAAACUGAAAGCAAGGGAGAAGGAAAAAAUAGAUAUGGAAGAAACUAUAGACAUCCUUAGAAAAGAAUUAAGUAGAACAGAGCAGACAAGAAAAGAACUGAGUAUUAAGGCAUCUUCCUUGGAAGUUCAGAAGACACAAUUGGAAGGGCGACUGGAAGAAAAGGAGGCUUUAGUCAAACUCCAGCAAGAAGAGCUGAAUAAACAUUCUCACAUGAUAGCCAUGAUACACAGUUUAAGUGGUGGUAAACUAAGUGCAGAGACUGUUAACCUCAGUUUAUAGAACCUGAAUAUCUAGAACUGUAUUUCAUCCAAAAAGACAACUAAAAUUAAUGUAAAUCUUCAGUAUUAUGUAAAGGAAAUUCUAUUUUUGGUCAGUCUUGAACAUUACUCUAGUAAAGAUUGUGCCUUUUUACAGUAUAUAGAUCAACUUUUUUGAUGACUCAAUUGUCCCACAUGUAUCAGCUACAGCAGGGACCUCAUUUCCUGGCUUGAUAAAGCAGUUUUUAACCGGUAUUUUGAAAAUCGGCAGAUAUCUUUGGUGCACAUCACUCGUAAUGGAACUUGGGAAUGAUGAUCCACUUCUAGGCUGAUUUUUACAAGUAUAGGUUUUUAAAUAUGGUUUUAAAUGCUGUGUUAUAUAAAUUUGUAAAGCAGAAUCCAACUAUCAAAGGAAAAUAUACAAAGCUGCUUGUAUACCAAGAAAUGAAAUUUAAAAUAUUGCACUACACUAUAUAUUGCGUUAAUGUGCUAAUAGAAGUGU